GUAUCUAGAAGAACCUGGAUGUCAGCACCAUUUAUUCUACACAUCAUUGUACAUUGUUAACAAAUAAAUUUUGCUAUUUUGGUUUUAGACUGGUUCCAUUACUCUAAAAUAGUUCUUAAAAAGAGAUCAAGAGGCAUUUUCGGGUAGAAGCUGGGAUCCAGUUUAUUUUGGGUUUUUCACCAUGCUGAUUACGAAUUUGGCGGAUCCCAAGCGAAAUUUGCUAAUUUAAAGGCUUAAUUUGCAUAUUCAAAAUGGCUGCCGGUCAAAAAACUUCAAGGUAUAACCAAGGGACCCUCCGAACCGCAUAAAGUUCUGGCAAGUAGUAGAAUAUAGCAAAUAAAGAAAAAGUAAAGAAAUUCAAGAAUCUUUGUUGCAUGCAGCCGAUCUUGGUCAGCAACAAAUUUUAAGCUUUGUCACGCACAGACUGACACCGUCUGACACAGAGCCCAUGAUAUCCUUCAACGAACCAUUAGAAAGAUCAGAGCGCUUACCUUUCAAAGCCUAUAUGAAGUUCCAAUAAAUUCAAACUACAAGGAGAAGCAGACAAUUUUCAAGGCCGAUCGAAAUAUCCUCAUGCGGCUGAUCACUGCUUAUGAAGGCGGCCGUGAAAUUGAUCUUAAGAGUGUGCUUUCUCAUGAAUUGAUGCCAGUUUCUCAUCUCUCACUGAAAUGAACUGUUCUCUUCGGACUGGAAGCAAGUCUGUCCCUAUUGACAAGCUAACGGAUAGCAUCAAUUGUCUAGAGAGUAUCGAUCUUCAUGAAAUAACAGCGUGCUUAAUCAUCGAUGGUCAGGCUCUAGUGGUGUUAUUAGGCAAACCAAAUGGUUGCUCUUCGUUUCGUGAUUUAGCAGACACAUUUGUUUCAAAUGGGUAAACGCUACCAGAGAUUUAGCAGUGCUUCAAAUGGGUAAACGCUACCAGAGAAUCGAUGUUGUUUUUGACCGCUAUAGACAACUAUCAAUCAAAACUAGUACCAGACUAAGGCGGAAAAAAACUAGCCGGCCUGUUCGCCGAGUUAAAGAGAGCGGUUUGGUAUCUCUUCCAAACUUCUGGUCAAACUUCUUUGCAUUGCCAGAAAACAAAGCAGAUCUUGCACGAUUCCUGUCAGAAGAGUUGCUUCGCCAAGCAACUGAAGAUAAAGAAAUUGUUACAGCUGGUGGAUUUAUCAAUGAAUUGCUUGCCCAGUCAUCGAAAUACUACACUGAUACCUUGUCUUUGAUUGCAGACCAUGAAGAAGCAGACACCAGACUUGCCCUUCAUGCUAUCAAUGUCACCUGCAAUUACUGCAUAGUAGUUGCUACUAGAGAUGCAGAUGUGCUCAUCAUUCUGGUGUCCCACUGUGAACGAAUGCGAUGCAAUGAUCUUUGGAUGAUGUCUGGAACGUCAAAGAAGAGGAAAUAUACUCCAGUCAAAGAGAUUCUUCACGCCUUGCCAGAGGGACCUGUUCAUACACUCAUCCCCUUUCACACUCUUAUUGGAUGUGAUACAACUUCGUACUUGUCUGGGAGUACAAAGGCAUCUGCAUGGAAAGUUUUUAAAGAGUCGCAUGAACAUGGGAGAAGGAGGUAUUAUGCGGAAAGCAGACAGUUUUUUUCCACGGCUUUGGUGCAGGCCACAAAUGAAGCCCGACACGUUCUAUUUUUCAAGAAAACAAAACCCGAGGCAUUGCCUCCAACAAUUGAUGUGGCACAUCUUCACAUCAGAAGAGCACACUUCCAAGCAAUGAUAUGGAAACAAGCUGGAUCACCGCAUCAAGAUUUACCGUCACCUACAGAUUUCGGAUGGGAGCUUUCUGAAGAUCGAUUAAAGCCGAUUCUAAUGACAGUGAAGCCAUCCCUGCUGCUUCUCUGGAGAUGAUCUUUUGCGGAUGUAACAUACGAUGCAGAAACUCAUAUAGCUUAGUUUGCUUUAAGAUUCAGAUCAGACACUCCUUCAAAUCUUAAUGUAGGGUCAAGCUUCACACUGCAGGCCUUGCGCAUAUCAACAUGAGAAGAAUCCUCAAAAAUUAGCAAUGAAGUUUCAAGUGAAACUACAACUGUUUUUUUCUUAACAACUCUCAAGAAUUAUUAGUCAGAAGAUAGUGUUAAUUUGCGCAAGGCCUGUAAUGUAGCAAGUUGUGUGGCAUAUGCAGCAAAGCUGAAAACAACGAAUUCAACUGACCUAUAAUCGAUUAGAUUCAAGCUUGGACACACGUUAGAGACCUUCACAAAAAUGCAGCAAAGUAGAACUGGAUAUACAAAAGGAACGUGUUCAGCCACUUGAAUAUUCAAUGUUGACAUUUCACCCGAUUACUACUUGGGGAAAAAUUUCAUUUGAGAAAAUGUCAUACAUAAACUUGUCGUUGGUCGAAAAAUGAAGAGCCGAAAGUUUGCCAUUUCUCCUAAAAUUAAAUGGGCUAAAUAAAACUGGAAGAUUUAUUUCAAAUGGUAGACACUAACCAGCUAGAAAACCAAAUCAAUGAGUUUAAUUUUUGCCGGAGGAUCAUAGAUCAUCGAGAGUGCCACCAUUCGACUGAUUUCGAUGAGACCUUUGAAAUUUUGCAUGACCUUUUCAAUUUUUGAUGGCGUGAACAAUUUUUAAGUUAAUGACGUCAUCAUAUUUUUGACGUCAUGUAAAUCACAGAAAAUGUAAUAGAUCAACUUUACUAGCCCAAAUUGGUUCUCUUAAUCUUUAAAAGUAAAUUCAAGACAUUUUAGAGUAUUUGCACCAGCAAUUAGGGGUUUAAAUGAAACAAUGACAAAUUGGUGUAAAUAAAUCAUGAAUAAGCGAUAUAGAUAAUAAGCUUAGAUGGGAAUCAUAUCUCUGAUUUUUACUUUUUGGUGCAUUUUGAUACAUUCUAGAGACUAUAAAAGGACUUAAUAAUUAAAACUGAGAUAUUACCAAUAGUUGGCAAAUUCUGCCAUUUUCUUCAAUUAUGACAUCAUAAUGACGUCAUGGAUGUAGUGAAAAAUUUAAAAUGUUCCCUGUUGUGUAGAUUAUGUUGCUGUACACCAUUUUACCAAGUUCUAUCCUCAUAACAGCAAUAUUAGUGAAUAUCCUAUUCGAAUGCAGUGUCAUGGAUUUUAUUGGCAGCAUUUUCAAGAUUUCGACUGGCAGCCAUUUUGAUAUGCAAAUUAAGCCCUUAAAUGAGCUAAUUUCGCUUGGGAUCCUCGAAAUUCGUAAUCAGCAUGGUCGAAAUACCCAAAAUCAACUGGAUCCCAGCUUCUACUAAA